AUGCAUGUGCAUAUGCGAACUGGUCACAAAAAGGGCUCCCAACAUGGUGGCAUUGAAAUGGCAACUGGACCCUCAUCUGAUGAAAUAAUACACAUCCCAGCUCCAUCUCAGCUCCCACACCACAAAAUGAGAGUAGCACAGGUGGUUGGGAGAGGGAAAAGCCUGACUAAAGCACACAAACCAAGGCACAGAUGA